AUCAAUAGCACUUAUAAUCAUGACUCUCUACGACGUUCUGAUCGUCGGCGGCGGUCCAGCCGGCCUAUCGGUAGCAACCGGUCUCGCCCGUCAACUCUACCGCGCGGUCGUCUUUGAUUCGGGUGUUUAUCGUAACGCCUUGUCCAACCAUAUGCAUAACGUGGCUACCUGGGAUCAUAGUUCACCUGCAGAGUUCCGUCGCGAAGCUCGUCAACGUAUUCUGGCUCGCUAUGAUACUAUUCAAUUUGAGGAUAUCGAGAUUAAGAAGGUCCAGAAGACAUCUGAGGGCCACUUCAAAGCAUUCGAUGCCCUUGACCGUGUCUGGACAGGCCGCAAACUGGUACUAGCCAAUGGUGUCCGUGAUAUUUUCCCGGACAUCGAUGGAUAUGGAGAGUGUUGGGGGACAGGCAUUUUCCACUGUCUUUUCUGCCAUGGUUACGAAGAACGUGGCUGUGCUUCUGCUGGGCUCCUGGCGGUUGGCGACGUUGCUAAUCCUAUGGCAGCCAUGCACUUUGCCCGUAUGGCUAAGCGAUUCGCUACUACAGUGACAUUGUACACCGACGGUGCUGAGGAGCUUGCUCAGACCCUGAAGGAAUCAACUCGUGGAACGGGGAUUCAAGUAGACAUGAGAAAGAUCUCCAAGCUAGUCAAAGGACCCGGUGAAUCCAAUGUCCAAGUCAUAUUCGAGGAUGGCACGCAAGUAACGGAAGGCUUUCUGACCCACAAGCCCAGGACUGAGAUUAAUGGCCCUUUUGCUGAACAACUCGGACUGCAGCUGACACCUACCGGAGAUUUUGAUGCUACAGCGCCCUUCUAUAGCACCUCUGCUCCUGGUGUGUUUGCUGCGGGUGACUGUGCUUCCCCUGUAAAGGUCGUCGCAACGGCUAUGUCGUCGGGGGUAUUGGUGGCUGGAGGACUGGUCGGGCAGUUGCAGGACGAACUGUACCCAGUGGAGCAGGAAUAGAUGAGCAUUUAAAACAUAUAAUGUGGCGAUAAUACUUUUAAUUUGUUGACUUCUUGGGUUGCAUCUAAUAUGUCUAAGCUGCCCAAAUAGGCCUAGCGCAGGCCUGG